AUGAAUUUGAAUUAGAGUCGAUAAAACUGGUCUUUUUUCGAGGAUUAAACUACCUUUUCAAAUUUGAAGUUCGUAUAGAUUCAAGAACUUUCGAGGUUGAUUCUACUCGAAGGUUUUGAAUUUUUCUCGAACUUGCUGCUAGAAGAAGCUUCUUUUUUUUCCAUUUUGGUCACAAACCAGUUCACACUUGAACUAGUGCAACCUUAGUUGUUAAGAAGAAGAUUCUCCUCGUGCAGCCUCAAUCAUCGUCUUUACGAAAACCACCGAGACCACAAAAAUGGACUACAACAAACGUGGUUCAACCUUGCUUGCUUUACUGGUCUUGGGCAAUCAUGGCGGUUAUGUAUGUGCAGCGGAGGGCACCAGAAGUCCUAUGCUGCUGCAACGCCGAGCAGCACCAGUGGUACAAGAACCAGCACUUGAAGCUGAACCUGAUGACGCUGACGAUUUCAUCAUCGUAGAUGAUGAGGGAAAUCUUAGGUAGGUUUCACUGUAGUUGAUGUAGAAGAUCUUUCACAAGUGACAUGUACAUUAAGCAGAACCUAGAGCUUCUACACUACAUAAUCACUUGCUGUUGAGUACCUUUCAUCUUUCACCAGAAACUAGCACCCUAUUUCUUCAGACAGAAAAGAGAAAGAACUAGUAGUCUACCUCAGCAGGUCUACAACUACUGCACACGAUGACGAUGUGGUUUAUAGUCCAACGGCGGGAGCGAAGGUGGCAGCAGAGGCAGAGGUGGCACCGAAGGACACUGUAGAGGUGGAGGAUCUGGAGCCCUUACUCGGCGGUGACUGUUAAGAAAUGGCAUAUCACAAGUUUGCUCCGAGAUCCGCAUUUUCCAUAAAGUAAAUUGAUAAGUACUUCUCGUCUUGUACUAAAUAAUUCGUGAUAAUACUCUUACGUAGUUUUAACCUGCUGCUACUGAGAAUAUCCUUUCUAAGAUUGGGAAGCCCUCUGUGAGGCUUUGAUUGUUGCCGACGCUGGCGCGGCGAAUAAGACCACAAAUGAGACCGAUUGGAGCGACCCAUGGGAAUGCCUCUUGGUCAACGGAGCAUGCAAGGACAUCUUCGCAGAAGCUGCAGAUAAUGACCAUGAUGAUGAGCAAAUGGAAUACCCUAAGUCCGUGUCGAAAAACACAACAACUCCUCGAGAGCAAUCGCAAGCGCUACUUUAUGACAUACUCAUGCGUAGUCUAGUAUACAAUAAGUCCUCAUAGUCUGACGAGUCAACUGUAAAGCUCUUGGAGAGAGAAAUAGUUAGAGAAUUAUCCGUACUACUGUCUUCGGAUGCGUUGUAGUAAUAUGCAGGAGCCACAAUUGAUACAAGAUCAAUCUGUGCUUUUUCGAUAUUCUUCUUGCUACCUCCUUUGCGGACGAGAAUGAAACUAGUGAUGUUUCACCAUUUUCUUGUUCAUAUGCUGAAAAGUACGUGCGAGAGUGCAAUCGACAAGCUGCGUGAGGAGGCAGAGCAAUUCCAAUCUGGAGACGACGAUUCGACUUUUUUUAUGGUGAAAAAAUGUUGCAACAUUACCUUAACUCGAUCUAAUCGCUGGCCAGGCACAUCAAUCAGUUAUAAUCAAUCUUACUCGGGUCACAACGGAACCAGGCAGUUACUUGUAAUUGCUACGUGGUCCCAAUGACUGAAUGAAUUGCUCCUGAAGAUAUGUAACUGAGUAUGUCAAAAAGUUUAUCAGGCGGGCCUUCACCUUCUACUUCUAAUUUCACGCGUCGUGGCACCAGAGGACCGGAGGAGAAAAUCCUUGACAUCGUCCUGCAGGAAGCUGGGCAAGCGACUGAAUUAUCUCCGUACAUUUUUGGAUCAUGAUGAUGCUGAAGUACUCGUCCUACCAGAUGGUAAGUAUUAUCAAGUUUUCUAGGUUGCAGUAGGUCUAGAAGAUCUAGAUACAAUUAUAUCUCUACCGAUUCUUGUCAACAAAGUAGAUACCAUCAACACUCAGAUCUUCUUCGCUUUCGACACGUCUCAUCUUGCACAGUGCACUACGCUUGUCUCGUGAGGGGACCACAGCUAGUACUAACCCUAGUACAACUACUAAAAAAAACCCUUCCACCACAACCUCAACCUCUUGCGCUCUUUCUGGACUGCACUACCUCUCCUCCGAGUCGGAUGGUUUUCAGAUUAUUGGACGUGCUGCUAAGGCAGAAGGACAAGGACCUGAUCGUAGAGGACUACUUUUACUUGGAUCUAAGUCUAGGUCUAACACUGAGACUGAGGCUGCAAAAGAUGUGACCACUAGUAGUACAAGUGCACGACUAUUCCUUGAUUCCUUGGCUGCAGUUUUCUUGGCAGAUUUGUGGAAAGUGGGUUUGUUCUUAAGGCUGAACAAGGAAGCAGCGCGAAAAAGCAUUAGCAUGAAAUAGAAUUUUAUUUACUUAUUUCAGUGUUCCUUCCGCUUCAGGAGCAUAACCCUGCUCUUCAGUGGAAGAUCUCAAACUUUGAAAUACAAAUACAGUCUUCUGGAUAUUAUUACAGUCUUUUCGGGAGUGGGAGACUUCUUCCAAUGCCAUCUCUAACCUCAACUCCCAAAGGUCCAGCACAAAUUCCACGUCAGAUUCAUGGUGGUUUCCAACAUGCUGGUAUCUUUGGCCCCCAUCUGCAGCAGAAUAAAGAGGACUUCGACGACGACCUUUCAGAUGAGGAGAUCAAGAAGAUGAUGACCCGUUGGACGCCGUCUGAAGCAGGUCGUGAUCAUUCGACAAAAACAUCAGCGUGUACAUCAACAUUGGCGAAGACCACCACGUCUUUUCACGAUGACAAUCCUUUGGCGAGCAAGAUUUUGGCCAACAAGAUUUUGACCCAACACCUGCUACGCCACGUGAUGAACAACGUUGUAUCUUCGAAGAAAAAUGCUACUCCAUUACGAGGUUGAGGAUAUUCAUAUUUCAUCUGCCUGGGUUUCUUCGUAGAAGAUCAUGUUUGCACACCUACAGUUUAAUGAGGAUGACAUCACAAUCACUGUAACAGUGACACUGUUUUUGGGGCUUAAGCUUUUUAUGAUGAAAAUGUCUUUGAGUUUGAUAUAUUUAUUGGUGGCAUAUCUAGCCUAAACGCUCACUCCGUCACAAGUGAGCCCACUCCUAUCCUAUCCUAUUGGUUGCUAUCGCAUACAUUUACAUCAACAACAUUGCUCUAACUAUAUCUCCGAUCGGUCUUCUAUCGAGUUUGAAGAAAACAUAUUACUCGCCUACAGCUACAACUUCGACAUCCUCAGCCAUUCGAGCUCGACACGAAACUCGCAAGCCCAUCUUGAAGAAAAAAAACGACGUGGUGCCCAUUCUGCUGGCACGUCUGUACAUCCACUAUUUGCACAGAGCAGUCAAAGUUAUGACUGCAUCAACUACAACUAAUGAUCUCAAACAAUCAACAUGGAUAAUUUCUGAUCAUGAAUCAGCAAAAGCAUGGUCUUCAUCAUCAAGAACCACAUCCUGCUUGUCAUCUCAUAGCAGCUUCUAAAGAAGUAUUUUAAUUUCCUUGUCUCUCUAGUCUACUCCUGCAGCUACUAAUAAAAACGAAAAAGCAGGAGCUGAAGCUGGACAAACACCUACAUUUCUUGGUUCCAGAAGUUUCCCUUCCCCAAGGCCAAGUCUGUCCGGUAUGUCCCCCACUGGUAUAGCAGAUCUCUCUACAAUGCCUUCGCAAAGAAUGGCGAAAAGUCUUGCCGAAUUGAGGGCGCAACAGUUUAACUUAUGGAGGAGGAUUUGCACUUAAUACUGAUCGUUUCUCAGGCGAUCUUGGAAAUUAGACAUCCACUACACCAUAAGAUCUUCAACACCAUUAGACGUUCUAAUCACUGCUGCAGCGCGCAAGAUGCUGACCUGUCAAUUGGAAGGGAUCACUUCAUCCCUUCUUCUCGAGGACAAAUACAAAGUAGACGGAGUUGUAGAAGAUAAGGAUAAAGAUAAGCCGUACCUCUUUCUGCACAACAACGAUACGACAACAUCGUCACCUUUUUUUCCUCGUGCCACCUCUCCUUAAGGCUGGAAGUCAAUCAUCAUGUCACGUGGUUGUAGUGGACGAUGAAUGUUGAGUCCUCUGAGUGGAUAUGGAUUACCACCCCUUAAUACGUUUUUUUGAGGACGAGAUUUAGAAUUCAGUUUCAAGGGGCAGAUGAAAUGGAAUCUCCCACUCAACCUCAACCCAACAAGAGCCCUGAUUUUACGAAAAUGAUUGGCUUCUUCUAGUUGUAUUAGGUACUACCUUUAAUUUCAUCCUCGUCAUGAUUCUUUGAUGCCGGAAGUUCCGUGUCCAACAGCUUCCUGCAGCGUUCCAUAUUGCGGGUGUGCUGCGUCUCCCAUCAUGAUCCCCGACUGCGACUGCGAAAACGAUGGCCCAGACGAGUCAGGCACUUGGUUAUCGUCACCAGGCUCGACGUUGUCUCCAGUCUUUAAGGGGGCUUAGUUUUCCUUACAGUAAAUACAAAGGUCUACUCACUUCUAAGACUAACUUAGAUCAUCAUGUCAGAGGACACUAGUAGCACAUUGAGGCUCUACUUUCAACAAAGAGACAUUAUAGGUACGUAAAGGUAACGGCAACUACUACAGUUACAAAGAUAGUUCUUUCUUAACAUUCUACAACCAGAAGCCUGCUAGUCAUUUUCUAUCAGGAUCAAGACGGACAACAGUCGAAAGACCGCUCGCUGACAAUCCAGCAACAAGCUAGAUCAGCGGGUAGACGUCGCCAGGGAAAUUCUAGGCAGGUUGCCGAAGAGAUUCACACCGUCCUCCAAAGCCCCCACUUAUUCCUCAUCUCUCUCUAAUGAUACAAGAACAUCAGAGGACGCUGCAACCCCAGUAGAUCAAGGCCAGGAUCAUCAGGAUGUGGACGUCCUAUUGCGUGGCGUAAGAAGUGAACCAUUGAUGUCACUCGGAAAUGCUCUCUCUUACUAUGGUCCGCACAUGCCGGAACCCCCUCUGCAGUUUUCUCCGCACUUAUGGCGAGUGCUGUCAGAGUCAGCAAUAGAAGACUCACAAUAGAAGUGACGAUCCUAGAAAUUCUACUAGAGCCAAGUCCCUUGUUCCAGUUCUAGCAGUUCCAGUGGUAGUCGAAGCUGGUUUGUUCAUCUCUUCUAUUUUUAGAAGCGUCUCCUGUAUAGCGGAGCCACAGAGCCCUUAAACACCAGUUCUUCUUCCAGCCGAAGGUGGUUCUUUGUUCAUCUCUUCUAAAGUUUUCUCACCAGCAUGGUCAUGCUCAUGGUGUUGGGGACCACCACCACAUGAAGGUGAACAAGAUGACUAGCAUGCCACUUCAACCUGCGCGCAUGCAACCAAAGCCCUUUCAAAACUGGGCUUGGGCUCCUCUAGGACGUGACGAGUUGAAGCCUAGCGAGCUGAAGCCUAGUGAUGAUGGAAUUAUGGCACGACGAAGAGCUAAAUGAGGAGCAGAAGGUGAGUCUUCUACUUACGUAUGAUGUGGCGAAGGUGAACGUCUCAAUGUGACACUGUCUUUCCUUACUUUCACCUUCAUCACAUUGUCCACUUUUCUUGGGCAGUAGCGUCCACUAUUAACAACUAAUAUUGUUUUAUAUCUAAUUAACUCCCCAAGUCAUUAUCGCGAGGUACGCCCCGGGAAGGAGGCAGAGAGAGACCACGAUCGCGCGGGGGAGCGGUGGCGCAAGCGCCACCGGGCUCCCCGGUGGUGUGUCGUUGCUUGGUAGCACUCUCGGGCACCAAGCAACGACACACAAAGAAAAAGAGAAGAGCCGCCGAAAGUGUUCGACGGUGUUCGGCUCGUGCGCGAGUGUAUGUAAGAGUCAGGAAGUAAGAGCAAGAGAGAGAAAAGCAAUCCGUUGAGAAGGUAGAAAAAAACAAGCUGCUGAGACAGUCAAGCGACGAAAAAAACAAGACGAGGAACGAGCGGCAAGGCAAUCGGUGGAGUGUAGCGGAGGGCUCACUGUAGGCUGAGGCCAAUAGGUUAGUGAAGACCAUGAUGGAGCUCUGGAAGCGCCGGCAGGACAGCCGAGAACAAGAAGAGGAGAGAAAGGCGAGAAAGGUGAGACAAACAAGAGCAAGCAGGAGCAAGAGAAAGACAGAGAAAGAGGAAGAGGGGCCAUCUGUUGAGGUGUCAGCACUCUGGUGAGACAGUGGAAAAAAGUGAGAACGAGGAAGAAGACGAGGAGAAGAAAGGGAGGGCGAAGGCGCCGCAAGGGUUGCGACCUUGUGAGGCGUCUGGUCUUGCUGGUUAAAUAUUUAUUGGGCAUCUCGUUCAAAACGGCCCGCAAGACUACCCAAACGCCCCGCGGGUGUGCCGUCACGCGGGGGCGCCCAGUGUCUCACAUUUCUCGGCGGUUCCGUCUUCCCUGGUUCGUUUCGGGUGUGUGUUGCUCAGAAUUUGGCCCGGAGCACUAUCCAAACGCCCGACGGGUUUACCGUGGCGCGGGUGCUUUUAGUUUUUUACUUUUCGCGGCUGUUGCCGGUGUGUUGGUGUUCGGGUCGGGGGUGCCUGGGCGUACCCCGACGAGAAUGGCCAAACAUGGGCGCCACUGUACCCGCGCAGGCUGUUAUUAUAGCCGGGGCGGGUGUCUGUAGUUCCUAGCCUUGAGGAAUUGGGUGCGGAGCAGUACCCAAAGGCCUGGCGGGUUUACCGUCGCGCGGGUGCCUCUGGGUCUUCCACGCCUCUCGGCUGUCGCGUAUUUGCUCGGCUGUUGUCUUCUUUGUAUGUGGUUCAGAACUUGACCCGGAGCACUAUCCAAACGCCCGACGGGUUUACCGUCGCGCGGGUGUCUCUGGCUUCUCUUCUCUUGUUGUUGUUGCAAAAGGUUACCGGAGCACUAUCCAACGCCCGACGGGUUUACCGUCGCGCGGGUGUCUCUGGCUUCUCCACUCUCUUGCAUGCUGUGCCAAACCCUUCAGCACAGUCAAGGACAAACGCCACCGGAAAGAUCUCAGGGAAACCCAUAGACCUAAACGCAUAUGGUUCCGAAGUCAAUGAUCAACAGACAAAGGAAAGGACCCUGGUCGCAUUCAGAUAGCAGAGACAACGAACGCCCAUAGUUGUAACCGUGUCUGCUUCGUUUUGUCAGUUCUGAUUAGUUCAAAGUGCAUAAAGAUCGCCGUAAGGUAUUCGCGUGCUAGGUCUCGGAUGGUGUGGCUUGAUGCAAUUCCGUACAUGUAAGGUCAGCCAGAUCCGGACGAGUACCGACAUAGGGCGACCAUGUAAAGGCAUUGACGAUAAGCAGAAGACUUCCAUACGAAGCACGUGGAACAUCCCCCACCAUAUUACCCCAAUGAAGAAGCUGAGACUUCCCCCCUGCAACCCCGACGAAUAUCCACAGGGAUCAAACCAGCCAGAGACCAUAAGCCUCAGGCUGUGAGUUCAAUUUGCACCAAGCUCCGCGCUUCUUACCGAGAAAGACGCGACGUAACAGCGUGCGUUCUUGUGGUCCAGUACUGUGCUGGCCAUGAUCGGAAUCCUUGAGACUUCACAAAGAUCCACAAAGACCCAAAGGAUAACGAUCAACGAAAUGACCAAGAUCGCCAGGCAAAAGGUUACCGGAGCACCAUCCAAACGCCUGACGGGUUUACCGUCGCGCGGGUGUCUCUGGCUCCUCCUCUCUCGUUGUUGUUGCAAAAGGUUACCGGAGCACUAUCCAACGCCCGACGGGUUUACCGUCGCGCGGGUGUCUCUGGCUUCUCCACUCUCUUGCAUGCUGUGCCAAACCCUUCAGCACAGUCAAGGACAAUCGCCACCGGAAAGAUCUCAGGGAAACCCAUAGACCUCAACGCAUAUGGUUGGUUCCGAAGUCAAUGAUCAACAGACAAAGGAAAGGACUCUGGUCGUAUUCAGAUAGCAGAGACAACGGACGCCCAUAGUUGUAACCAGGUCCGUUUCGUUUUGUCAGUUCUGACUAGUUCAAAGUGCAUAAAGAUCGUCGGAAGGUAUUCGCGUGCUAGGUCUCGGAUGAUGUGACCCGAUGCAUAUCCGUAUAUGUAAGGUCAGUCAGAUCCAGAUGAGUACCGAAAUAGGGCGACCAUCCAACCACGUGAGGGCAUUGAUGAUAAGCAGAAGACUUCCAUACGAAGCACGUGGAACACCCCCCACCAUGUCACCCCAAUGAAAAAGCUGAGACUUCCCCCCUGCUACCCCAAUGAAUAUCCACAGGGAUCAAACCAGCCAGAGACCAUAAGCCUCAGGCUGUGAGUUCAAUUCGCAUCAAGCUCCGCGCUUCUUACCGAGAAACUACACGCGACUUAACAGCGUGCGUUCUUGUGGUCCAGCACUGUGCUGGUCAUGAUCGGAAUCCUUGAGACUUCACAAAGAUCCACAAAGAUCCAAAGAAUAAGGAUCAACGAAGUGACCAAGAAGAUCGCCAGGCAAAAGGCUACCGGAGCACCAUCCAAACGCCCGACGGGUUUACCGUCGCGCGGGUGUCUCUGGCUUCUCUUCUCUUGUUGUUGUUGCAAAAGGUUACCGGAGCACUAUCCGCAUCCAACGCCCGACGGGUUUACCGUCGCGCGGGUGUCUCUGGCUUCUCCUCUCUCUUGUAUGCUGUUCCAAAUUCUUCAGCACAGUCAAGGACAAACGCCACCGGAAAGAUCUCAAGGAAACCGAUAGGCCUAAGCGCAUAGGGUUCCAGAAUCAACGAUCAACAGACAAAGGGCCUUCAGCGUAUUCAGAUAGCAGAGAUAACGAACGUCCAUAGCUGUAGCCUGGUCUGUUCCCGAAGCGGUCCGCUCUGAUCAUUUCCAAACGCAUAAAGUAAGAUCGUCGUAAGGUGUUAUCGUGGUAGGUCUCGCGUGAUUUGAUCUGAUGUAUAUUUAUCACUAAGGUCAAUCAGGACCCUGAUGGGUAACGAUAGAGCACAAUGAUGACCGUAGGAGGCUUAUAGGGAUAGCGUAGGCGUUUUCAUAUGAGCGCGCGAAACUUUCCCCGUCAUGAUAUCCCAAGGAAGAGGCUGAGACUUCUCCCGUGCAACCCCAAUGAAUAUCCACAGGGAUCAAACCCGCCAGAGAUCACCAGCUUCAGGCUGUGAGUUCAAUUGGCAUCAAGCUCAGCGCUUCCCACCGAGAAACUACACGCGGCUUAGAUAGCGGCCGGCGUUCUUGUGGUGUUGGUCAUGAUCUGAAUCCUGGAAAUGUCACAAAGGUCCACAAAGAUCCAAAGGACAAAGACCAACGAAAUGGCCAAGAUCGCCAGGCAAAAGGUUACCGGAGCACCAUCCAAACGCCCGACGGGUUUACCGUCGCGCGGGCGUCUCUGGCUUCUCCUCUCUUGUUGUUGAUGUUGCAAAAGGUUACCGGAGCACCAUCCAACGCCCGACGGGUUUACCGUCGCGCGGGUGUCUCUGGCUUCUCCUCUUUCUUUUGUCGUUUCGCGUCUCUCUCUCAACACAGUAAAGGACAAAGCGCCACCGGAAAGAUCUCAAGGAAACUCACAGACCUAAACGCGUAUGGUUCCAAAAUCAGUGGUCAACAGACAGAGGGCCUGCAACGUUUUCAGAUAGUAGAGAUAACGAACGUUCAUAGCUGUAACCCGGUCCAUAUCGUUUCGCCAGUUCUGAUCAGUUCAAAGAGCAUAAGGGCGAUCGUGUGAGACCAAUGAUGCUAGCCUAGGCGUUCCCAUAUGAAGCACGUGCAGCGUUCCCCCGUAUGAUAUCCCAACGAAGAAGCUGGGGCCUCCUUGCUUUGUAGCCCCUGCUCUUGUAUGCUGUUGCAAAUCCUUCAGCACAGUCAAGGACAAACGCCACCGGAAAGAUCUCAAGGAAACUCAUAGACCUAAAUGCAUAUGGUUCCGGCAAGCGCGUGCGUGUUCUGUUGGUGUGGUGUAAUUAUUGCGACGCGGCCCACUCUCAUGACUUUGCUUACAUUUUCGUCGGCUUGCCUCUCUCGGUGUGCUUCACUUUUGUGAUUGUGAGAGUGUGAGAGAACACCCGCCGGCGCCGUUCGUUCUUGGAUGUCAUCUGCCGUGUGAAAUCAUGCAAAGCGAGAAACAACACACACCAAACAGAAAGGAGAGAGCGGGAAAGCAGCUGGCCUCGUGUAUCUUGUCCACCAUCUGCUGCGCUUUGCUUUUUUUUUGUGCUGUGCUUUGCUUUUUUUUUGUGCUGUGCUUUGCUUUUUUUUCGUGCUGUGCUUUGCUUUUUUUUCGUGCUGUGCUGUGCUUUUUUUUCGUGCUGUGCUGUGCUUUUUUUUCGUGCUGUGCUUUGCUUUUUUUUCGGGCUGUGCUUUGCUUUUUUUUCGUGCGGUGCUUUGCUUUUUUUUCGUGCUGUGCUUUGCUUUUUUUUCGUGCUGUGCUGUAGUUUUUUUUUUGGCCCAAAAUGUUUAGUUUAGAUAUAUAUGCAUGUCUUAAUAAAUAACCUGCCUAUGCCUUGCUUUCGCGCUGCGCCUGUGGCGUCCUCGGCUUUGUGCGCUUCGAUUCCUAGGAGAGUGAGUGGCGAGAGAGCUAGCUGUGGUCUCUCUUGGUCAACUUGCUCAUGAAGGUCGUGAUCAGGGUCUCUUUGGCAACAACUCUUUAUACCUACACUUUCUUACUUAGUAAUUAUCUAGUAGACCUCAAGGACUCGGACUCCUCUAACUCCUUCGGCUGCGCUGACGACUUAGAGGCUGCGCAGGACGAGCUUCAAGAAGAAUCAAAAACGGGAAACAAGAAUGGCACGACGUCGUACUACCAACAAAAUCAUUAAGGCUUGUGUGUAGCAUUAUCGUGUUAGAUCAUGAGGUUGUUUUGUAUGAUUCUGGUAUUUGGUAGCCUGAAUUUGAUCCACCUAAGGGUUCUCUUCUUGUUUUCCCUUAGGAUCAAACUCAGGUUACCAAAUACCAGAACCAUUCAUGUUUUUGUAGUUAGUAAGUUAAAGUUAGUACCUAGUACAAGAAUUAGAAGUAGCUAUAGCUAAGUCUUCAGGUGAACCCUACAACUGUCAGUUCGCUUUCUAAACCAUCGGUAUAUUUGACUUCGAUGCUCUGGACGAGCUCAUGAGCAUGACCAGUACGACGACGACAACGACGACUACCAUGCCCACCUCCGGACAUCCGAUGCUGCGUGUGUGGAAAUCUUUUAAGGGUACUUAGUCUUUAGGUGUAGUUCCUGGUGCGACCUUUCGUUUUGCCUUUGUUUUUAAGGGGGAAAGGCAUGAGCACAACGAACGGGGUAAGCUGCGAACACCAGCACCCUAGUGCCGCUAAUUCUUCCUCUGCUUCUUCUGGUAAUUCGGGAGCCAGUAACUCGCUAGCCCGAGGACGCACAUGGAAACCUGCGACCUCUAGUGCUAAAGUUAGGGCUUACUCAUAUUCAUCUUGAGAAGCAUCUUGCAAGGGUUUUGUAAGGGAAAACGACUGCCAAGAUGCUCUUCUUGAUGAAUAUCGGUAAGGGCUAAUAGUAGCCCUAGUAGAGGCGUGUGGGUAGUGAGAUUAGGAGCAGGAGAUCAUGAGAAGUCCACGCAUUUCUGGAACCCUGUCAACACUAGAAAGUUAAGAACGUGAUAAACUUAAUAAAGAAGAAUUUUCUUCCACAUCUGGAUCUGGUAAGAUUCACCAUCACGAUCAUUAGUACUUGAUACAAGUAUAAUUUGUUUACUAGUGGUCAACAGAGUCUUCUAUGGUCUACUACUAGCACGACUUAUAUCUCAUGAAUGGGUCGUUGUCGUACACUACUGCUACUACUACCACUGCUAUGCCUAGAACGUUCUAAAAAAAGCGCGCAGCUGGAAGGCCGAGGGUGGAGUAAAGGCGUCGAAGUUGUAGGGAGUCGUUGGCCUCUACUUCUGUACCUGUGGAUGCGGAUGCGGAACAAGAAGAUCAUCAGUUGUGUCUAAAAGGUAUUUCUAUUUCAUACAAAAGCAAAUAACAAAUGAAAAUGUCCUCUUCCUCAUUUGAUGGAUUCUGAUAGAAGUAUGAUAAAGUUUGUAGGUCUGUAUUUUACUUUGUAUUGGUGUGGUGCGAGCUACCCUCCAAAGAACGGAGUAAUCAGUCAUGCUGUUCUUUUUUGUCUUCAUCUGAAUAAUUUUUUUUCUGCGAAUAUAGAAGAAAUUAUAGUGAAUUAUUCUCGUACUUCUCAUUUAGAUUCAUCCUGGUCAGUUCAAGGUCGAUUUUUGUAUUUUACUUUGAGGUAUAAUAAAUUGAUAUAGAAAGUGACAAACUACUGUAAAACUAAAAACUAAUACCUUCAGCAGCACUAUCUUCCUUUUUAGCUGGACGAGCACGACCAAUCAAGAGAUUAUAAUGGAAGAAGUGUGAAGAAUUACGCCUCGACAUGACUACGUUCAACGUCAUGUUUCUCAAACAUAUUAUUGAUCGGUCUAACCUGCUCCUUCAUCUUCUACUUGUGAAGUUCUUGUUUGUACAUGUAGAUGCACAUCAUACAUAGUGUCGGUCCAACAAUAUGGAACUGGAAGAUGCAAUUUGGUUUAGGAUCUCGCUGCCACCUCAUGAUAUGGGUCAUCACGGCUUUCAAGGUACAAACAUUUUCAAAAAAAUCGAUGCCUGAUGUGGUACGAGAAUGAUGCACUGUGCCCCAUGUGGUGGCCAGAGAGACUAAACAGCAUGCAUGUUGUUGUGUACUAUGGUUUUACACCAAAAUAUUGGCUAUCAGCUAGUUCCUUUUCGCCAAUGGUUGAGCGCCUCGAUGUGGGUAG